AUGGCUCUCUUCCCCCAAAGCUUCUACAACACCGACGCCUCCUUCACACCCCUCUUCCGUCUUCUCGAUGACUUUGAUAAGUACGCUCGCACCGGAGAAGGGCGAGCCUCACGAGUCUCUCACUGGCAACCAAAGUUUGACGUUCGGGAGACAUCGGACGCCUACCAUUUCCACGGCGAGCUGCCCGGCCUGACCAAGGAGCAGGUUUCCAUCGAGUUCCCUGAGCCGCAGAGCAUGGUUGUCCGCGGCAAGACCGAGCGCACUUACACUGCAAAUUCACCCACCGGCUUCCUCGAGUCUGCGGGCAAUCCAGCGGCCAUCACAGAGGCUGGCGAGUCUCAAAAAUCCCAACAGGCCACGGUUGAGGACGAAAGCGCCGCCGAUUCAACUCCAAAGGAUGAGCCUGCAGCUCCAGCUGAUAAGGCGAAGUACUGGAUCACUGAGCGGAGCAUUGGAGAAUUCUCACGCCACUUCAACUUCCCUGCUCGCAUCGACCGGGACGCUGUCACUGCCAGUUUGAGCGAUGGCAUCUUGACCAUUGAUAUCCCGAAAGCGAAGAAGCACGAAACGCGACGCGUCGCAGUCAACUAA